GGAAUCCGGAUCCGAGGGCCUCAAUGAUGUUGUCCACUGGGCAUGUACUGACCAAUGUGGCAGGUCUGAGAACAUAGCUGACGCUGAAAAUAGUAAAGCUGGGGGCAAGGAAGAGCCUUGAAUCUUGAGGUGGGACGUUGACUCUAAGAUGUCCUUGAGCAGUGGAGCCUCCGGAGGGAAAGGAGUGGAUGCAAACCCGGUUGAGACAUACGACAGUGGGGAUGAAUGGGACAUUGGAGUAGGGAAUCUCAUCAUUGACCUGGACGCCGAUCUGGAAAAGGCCCAGCAGAAACUGGAAAUGUCAGGCUCAAAGGAGGUGGGGAUACCGGCUCCCAAUGCCGUGGCCACACUACCAGACAACAUCAAGUUUGUGACCCCAGUGCCAGGUCCUCAAGGGAAGGAAGGCAAAUCAAAAUCCAAAAGGAAUAAGAGUGGCAAAGACACUAGCAAACCCACUCCAGGGACUUCCUUGUUCACUCCAAGUGAGGGGGCAGCUAGCAAGAAAGAGGUGCAGGGGCGCUCAGGAGAUGGUGCCAAUGCAGGAGGCCUGGUUGCUGCUAUUGCUCCCAAGGGCUCAGAGAAGGCGGCUAAGGCAUCUCGCAGUAUAGCCGGCUCCAAAAAGGAAAAGGAGAACAGCUCGUCUAAGAGCAAGAAGGAGAGAAGCGAAGGAGUGGGGACUUGUUCAGAAAAGGAUUCUGGGGUCCUCCAACCAGUUCCUUUAGGAGGACGGGGUGGUCAGUAUGAUGGAAGUGCAGGGGUGGAUACAGGAGCUGUGGAGCCGCUUGGGAGUAUAGCUAUUGAGCCUGGGGCAGCGCUGAACCCUUUGGGAGCUAAACCGGAGCCAGAGGAAGGGGAGAAUGAGUGUCGCCCGCUAAAGAAAGUCAAGUCUGAAAAGAUGGAAUCCCCUGUCUCCACGCCAGCGGUGCUGCCACUGCACCUUUUGGUGCCAGUGGUCAACAAUGACAUCUCAUCUCCCUGUGAGCAGAUCAUGGUUCGUACCCGCUCAGUCGGGGUCAACACAUGUGAUGUGGCUCUAGCCACAGAGCCUGAGUGCUUGGGUCCCUGUGAACCUGGAACCAGCGUCAACCUUGAAGGCAUUGUGUGGCAGGAAACAGAAGAUGGGAUGUUGGUGGUAAAUGUGACAUGGAGGAACAAGACGUAUGUAGGUACACUUCUUGACUGCACACGGCACGAUUGGGCACCCCCAAGGUUCUGUGACUCCCCCACCAGUGACUUGGAGAUGCGCAACGGCCGGGGUAGAGGCAAACGCAUGCGUCCCAACAGUAACACACCUGUCAAUGAGACAGCCACCGCCUCUGACAGCAAAGGGACCAGCAGCAGCAGCAAAACCAGAGCAGGAGCCAAUAGCAAAGGUCGCCGGGGCAGUCAGAACUCUUCAGAGCACCGCCCACCUGCCAGCAGCACUUCUGAAGAUGUCAAGGCCAGCCCUUCUUCAGCCAAUAAGCGGAAAAGCAAACCCCUCUCAGACAUGGAGCUGAAUUCUAGCUCAGAGGACUCCAAAGGGAGCAAGCGCGUUCGUACGAAUUCCAUGGGCUCAGCCACUGGUCCCCUUCCUGGGACCAAGGUGGAACCCACUGUUCUGGACAGAAAUUGUCCUUCCCCAGUCCUGAUUGACUGUCCCCACCCAAAUUGCAACAAGAAAUAUAAGCACAUCAAUGGACUUAAGUACCACCAAGCCCAUGCCCACACGGACGAUGACAGCAAGCCAGAAGCAGAUGGAGACAGUGAGUACGGGGAGGAGUCCAGCCUCCAUGCGGACCUCGGGAGCUGCAAUGGGGCAGCUGUCUCACAGAAAGGUUCCUUGUCCCCUGCCCGCUCAGCCACCCCCAAAGUUCGGCUCAUAGAGCCCCAUAGCCCUUCUCCUUCAAGCAAAUUCAGCACAAAAGGCCUCUGUAAGAAAAAGUUGAGUGGGGAUGGGGACACAGACCUCGGGGCCUUAUCUAAUGAUGGCUCUGAUGAUGGACCCUCAGUAGUGGAUGAGACGAGCAACGAUGCCUUUGAUUCUCUGGAAAGGAAGUGUAUGGAAAAAGAAAAAUGUAAAAAGCCCUCUAGUUUGAAACCUGAGAAAAUUCCUUCCAAGAGCUUAAAGUCAGCCCGGCCCAUUGCCCCUGCCAUCCCCCCACAGCAGAUCUACACCUUCCAGGCAGCCACCUUCACAGCAGCAAGCCCAGGCUCCUCGUCAGGCCUGACCACCACAGUGGUCCAGGCCAUGCCCAACAGCCCCCAGCUCAAGCCCAUCCAGCCCAAGCCCACUGUUAUGGGAGAGCCUUUCACAGUCAACCCUGCCUUGACUCCAGCCAAGGACAAGAAAAAGAAAGACAAAAAAAAGAAAGAAUCUUCGAAGGAACUUGAAAGCCCUCUGACCCCUGGGAAGGUGUGUCGAGCUGAAGAAGGCAAAAGCCCCUUCAGGGAAUCAUCAGGAGAUGGGAUGAAGAUGGAGGGGCUCCUCAAUGGCUCAUCAGACCCCCACCAGAGCCGCCUGGCCAGCAUCAAAGCCGAAGCUGACAAGAUCUACAGCUUCACGGACAAUGCCCCCAGCCCUUCUAUCGGAGGCAGUAGCCGCCUGGACAGCACCACCCCCACCCAGCCCCUGACUCCCUUACACGUGGUGACCCAGAAUGGAGCCGAAGCCAGCUCAGUCAAAACCAACAGCCCCGCAUACUCCGACAUCUCUGAUGCUGGGGAGGAUGGGGAGGGCAAGGUGGACAGUGUCAAGUCCAAGGACCCUGAACAGUUGGUCAAGGAGGGGGCCAAGAAAACUCUGUUCCCCACUCAGCCACAGAGCAAAGACUCGCCUUAUUACCAAGGCUUCGAGAGUUACUACUCUCCAAGUUACGCCCAGUCCAGCCCAGGGGCGCUGAACCCCAGCAACCAGGCAGCAGUGGAGACCCAAGCCCUGAAGACAAAAAAGGACGAGGAGCCUGAGAGCCUGGAGGGGAAAGUGAAGGGCGACGUGUGUGAGGAGAAGAAGUCGGAGCUGAGCGGCUCCAGCCAGCAGCCCUCUGUCAUCCAGCAGCGUCCUAGCAUGUACAUGCAGUCCCUGUACUACAACCAGUACGCCUACGUGCCCCCCUACGGCUACGGCGACCAGGGCUACCACAGCCACCUCCUGAGCACCAACACGGCCUACCGGCAGCAGUACGAGGAACAGCAGAAGCGCCAGAGCUUGGAGCAGCAGCAGCGAGGCAUGGACAAGAAGGCAGAGAUGGGCCUGAAGGAGCGGGAGGCCCUCAAGGAGGAGUGGAAGCAGAAGCCUUCCAUCCCGCCAACCCUCACCAAGGCCCCCAGCCUGACGGACCUGGUGAAGUCAGGGCCAGCCAAGGCCAAGGAGCCUGUGGGCGACCCUGCAAAGUCUGUCAUCAUUCCCAAGUUAGAUGACUCUUCAAAACUCCCCAGCCAGGCCCCCGAAGGCCUGAAAGGGAAGCUGAGCGAGGCCAGCCAUCUCGGCAAGGAGGCCUCUGAGGCCAAGACAGGCGCGGAGUGUGGCCGGCAGGCAGAGGUGGAUCCAAUACUCUGGUACCGGCAGGAGGCGGAGCCCCGGAUGUGGACGUAUGUUUAUCCUGCCAAGUACUCCGACAUCAAGUCAGAGGAUGAGCGGUGGAAAGAGGAGCGGGACCGCAAAUUGAAGGAAGAGAGGAGUCGGAGUAAGGACUCUGCCCCCAAGGAGGACGGAAAGGAAAGCACAAGUAGCGACUGCAAGCUGCCCACGUCGGAAGAGUCUCGCCUUGGGAGCAAGGAGCCCCGACCGAGUGUCCACGUGCCUGUGUCCUCCCCCCUCACCCAGCACCAGUCCUACAUCCCCUACAUGCACGGCUACUCCUACAGCCAGUCCUACGACCCCAGCCACCCCAGCUACCGGGGCAUGCCUGCCGUGAUGAUGCAGAACUACCCAGGUUCCUACCUGCCUUCCAGCUACUCGUUCUCCCCAUACGGCAGCAAGGUCUCAGGUGGUGAAGACGCUGACAAGGCACGAGCCAGCCCCAGCGUCAGCUGUAAAUCCAGCUCCGAGUCCAAAGCCCUGGACAUCUUGCAGCAGCACGCCAGUCACUACAAGAGCAAGUCUCCCACAAUAAGUGAUAAAACUUCUCAGGAGAGAGAUCGGGGAGGCUGUGGGGUGGUUGGGGGUGGUGGCAGCUGUAGCAGCGUCGGGGGAGCAGGCGGGGGUGAACGAAGCGUGGACCGGCCUCGCACCUCCCCCUCCCAGCGCCUGAUGUCCACACACCACCACCACCACCACCUGGGAUACUCACUGCUCCCCGCACAGUACAACUUACCUUACGCAGCAGGGCUUUCUUCUACAGCCAUUGUUGCCAGUCAGCAAGGCUCCACUCCUUCACUCUACCCACCCCCCAGGAGGUGAGAAUGAACACCAAGUGCCCGGAUAAAGUCAGCUUCGCGGGCCUGGACCGGCUCACCCAAGGAGGUGCUGGAGGUGCCAUUUAGACAUCAGUUAAAUGGUGUUGGUCAUCUUGUUUGCCGUUCCCACCACAACCGAAGGCAGACCCUUGCCUAUCUCGCCUCCGCCAGAUUCCCGGACUCCCUGACCCUCCCUCUUCCUCAGGAGCUGGCGAGCUGGUACUUAGCAAAAAUAUUUAUUCUCUCGGCCACAGUCCUGACUGGUGUGGCCUCUGUGGAGAUGAAGGCACGGGAAACAACCAGGGGAACAUGGCGUCAGCCCAGAGAAGUCACUGCUCUGUCCCCAAACCCCUGGUCUGCUGCCAGAGCAGUUCUAACACUCCCUGCCCGGGAGGGACCCCAAGCACUGGGUAAGGUCUGAAGACAGCACAGCAGCCAUACCCCUCACCGUCAUUACCACCAUCACCAGGUCGUGCAUCUCCCCAGCGGUUUGGGCCCUGGAAACUGGCAGCACGUGGAGGAAUUCGAAUCUCAGGAAAGAAAUCGGGGCUGUUUUCUCUGUAAUUGAGAAAACAAGGUCUUCAAACAUGGAGACUUCUCCCCUCUUACAUGAGCACAUAGAAACGCUCAGAGCCUAGCCUGAAAAGGGAGACCAAGGCAUCGGCCCCACCAUGGCCUUGAGCUGCCUGUCAGGCAGAGGGCGGGGCUCCAUCUCCAGCUCAGGGCUCCCCAGAGCUGGGGGCAGCUGGAGCUGGAGCUGAGUGGAGUCUGUGAAAUGGAACCUGCACCCCACUAAGUCCUGCUGCUUCUUACCCCCAACCCCUUGCCCUCUCUUCCCUCCUAACCCCUUGGAGCCUUUCCCAGGGGGAUCCCCAUACUGAUCUCACCUCUUCUUUUCCACUGCUUGGCUCUUAAAAAGACUCAGGCAAAUAAAAUAGUAUCCCCAAUGUGGGGAACCUGGGAGUCUGCCGGCCACCUGAGGGCGAGGCCCGGGAGGCAGGCCCUGGGAGCACCCAGCAGUUCUUGGAGAUGUCCUGUCCAUUCAGCUAAGUAUCUUCCUCAUUUAGGGCCACAGUAUAUUCAGCCUGCUCCUCUGUCUACAAGUACACGAUUUUAUAUACUCGAACUAUAGCCUCCGUGUGUGCCAAUGUAAGCUGUGUUCUCUGUAACACGUUUUUGUUUAGGGGCCACUGGCUGUGGGAGGUUAGUUCCGUAGACCCUGGGCGAGCACGUCCCUGGUUGCUCACUGGAGCCACAGAGUCGCUUGGUGGCGCCGCACUCUGAGGCAGCCCGCUCCGGCCCUCCUUAGGAUGCGGUCUCCCAGGCCAAGCUCGGUGCUCCUGCGUGGGCGGCGAUGAUGACUUGGUAGCUUUAUCGGAGUCAUUUUUCCCCAGGUGUGGGGAGCCUUAGCUCUUACUAUGCUUUUGAGGUAUCUUCCCUUUGUUCCUUUCCCCUCCUAUCUUUCCUUGACCCUCUGGACCGAGAGAGAGAAAGAUGGAGACACCAGCUUAGGCUAGAGACAGGUGUUUGUGACCAGAGUGCCAAAGUGAUCGCGUCAGAGCAAGAGCCAGGCUCUGCCUCGUUUGGAGGAUGGGGCGGUAGGGACAGAAAGCACAAAGCCCGGGAGGGGUUAGUUUCCAAGAACCCGGGGCCCUACAUGUAGCUAAGCAUCGAGUCAUUGGCCCCAGAGGAGCCCCUCUGCCCUACAGGCCUUCCUCCGGUUUCUGCGUCCUUGUUUUUGUUCAAAUUGGGUUCUGAGCCCUCCCAACACCCCAAUGUUUGCCUCUCGGCCCCCCAGCAGCCUCCCUUACACCAGUCCUUCCCCUGCCUCCUGGCCCCUGCAGGCCGCACUCUGAGCCCAGGCUUCCCUUUCAUCUGUGGAAGGAGCUGGUGUGGACCCCUCACUUCACCUACCGAGGGGGGGACUGACUCGCAGCCUGCCGCGGCCCCCAGGCCCCACCUCUGCUGUUUUUCAGUACUGUUGUGUGUUCCGUAUCUGUGGCACUGGCCCACAGCGUGCCCUGUACAUAGUGUAAAGAACCCGUUCCGAGUCAUUUUCUUUCUCAUUGGGCAGGCGUGGCCUGGCCUUCCUGCCCUUCCCACUUUGUUCUCUAACAGAGAGGAGGAAUUCUGUAUUAAGCUUUGGGGUCUGCAGAAGGGACCCGGGUCUUUUCCUUUUCUACCCCCUUAAAAGAACAUUUGGCCCUUUGGUCCUAUGCCGUCUCUCUUGCGGAUUAGGAGCUACCCAGCAGAGUGGGUGAAGGCAGCAGUGGCACACAGUCCCGGUCCUCCUCGGGCCAGUCUUCCCUCCAGAAAUAACAGCAGCAGCCCUGGAGGUCUUUGACAGGCGUGACGCCGUCCCCCUCCCACCCCUCCCCUUGGGCAGGGUACACACAUGUGGGGCUACCUGCAGCCCCCACAUCCUAGUCAGGAGGAGACACUCAGCAAGGACCCCGCCCACCCCCAGCUGCUGAGAAAUCGCUGCCGAGGGCCCCGACCACCAGCGCCCCAGCCCCUCAGAGCCGCCCCACCCAGGCCCUCAUCAAUGCCGCUCAUAGGGCUUCCCCUAGAGGAGAGGCUGAAGGGAGAAGGGGCCUCAUUCCCAGCAAGGGGGCCAGGCUUCCCGGAUGGCUGCUCUGCAGGGCCACACCCCUUCUUCCCACCUGAGGGGAGCCAGCUCCCUCCAUCCUGUCACUGCUGUGCACAUGGAUGUGUACAUGGACGGAGCUCCCUCCACCUGCCCGUUCUCUCCACACAUGUCCGGGUCGGAGAGCCCCACACAGAAGGGUAAGAGGCAGCCCAUGAACUGCAGUGGUGAUUCUCGACUCUCUUCUCUCCAGGCUCCAAGGUAGGGGUAAGAGGACUGAGCUUAGGAGUUGGGGGCUAAGACUGCAGAAGGGCUAGAAAAUUAUACACAGGCUUUGAGGCCACCCAUGUCACUUACUAUCCCAUAUACCCUGUUCACCAUCCCAGUGUCUCUGAUGCCCCCCAAGAUUCAACUGGGCAGCUAGCUGGCCCCAUGGUCCUGGGCCUUUGUCAUUUGUUGUAUUACUAGGGCAUCCCAGGGAGCUUUCCAGUGACCCCUUGCCAUGGGCCCCUCCUGGGAUCCAGCCCCUCCUGCCCCAGCCCACCCGCUUGCCUUGGUGCUCAGCCCCCCACAUUGGGAGCAGGUUGGGGCGAGCUGGAGGCCCGGGCUGGAGGGGUGGCGUUGCUGUUCAUAGCUUUCGUUCCAUUGGCGUUGCUCUGUUGGGUUUAGUUUCAGUCUUCCUGAUUCGUCCCUUCUGUAAAGUGUACAUUACCAAGUUCCUUGUUUUUUUAUAUAUAUAUAUAAAUAUAUAUAUACAAACUGUACUCUUUUUGCCUUUGUACAUUCAGGCAAGAAGAGAAAAUAAAUCUUUUUAAGAGACAAUCACAAAUCUGUGAGGGCUGCUGGUUAUUUCUCCUGGAGUUUGCUGCUGAGCUGCCUCCUCCUUCCUCCCAACCUUCCCGUUCUCCCUCAGCUUUCCUGAUCUUCCUAGUCCUGCUCCACGUGCAUCCUCCGCGUCACCUUCCCCGGCUGAUGGCAAGCUGUGCAUCCAGUGUCCACCCCGCCUGCCCACGGCCCUUCCCUGCCGUUUUCUGGCCUGGCCACUGGCCAAGCCCAGGAGCCUGAGCCUGUGCCCGGGCCUCCCCUCCCUCCACCCUUAGAUCUCAUUCACCGAAGUGGCUUUGGACCCCUGGUUACUCCAGGACCUGUCUCCCCGAGGCCCUGGCUUUGGACACUCACCUGUGAAACUGCAGCUGGGAGCUCUCUGCCUAAAUGUUUGCACUAUUUACACUGGCCUGGGAGUCAGGAUGGAUGCUUCUUAGGAGUGGGUGGGAAGUAUCCCUCACACCCCCACAUCCCAGCCGCCAGUGUGCUCUGACCCAGAGCCCAGGUGACCAUUCCUGCCUGGUGGGCUUCUGUGGUGACCCCAGCAGAACAAAGUGUAAGGGCUUAUGGGUCAAGAACACUUGACCAGUUUGAAGGGGUGGUACGUUCUGAAACACGGCCCGACCAACCGUCGUUCGGCCUCUUCCUUUCUCUAUUUUCCUCUUCCUUUUUUCCC